AAAUCCCCCUGUCCCUCUCCUAACUCUCGCUCUCUUUCGCUCUUCCUCCCCCCCAGCCGAUAUUUAUAAAUCCCACCAGGAUGGACACAUUAGAGCCUAAACGGACUGGACAGGUGACAGGACAUCCACGGCGUAGUUUGUCAACUUCAUUACUGAGCACACUUGGCUUGUGCAGAUUUGUCCUGUCUUAAAACCAGCUUUAAUGAUUUGUUAUUGGUAGAAACCUAACCUAACCGUAUCAAUAAAUUUUUUUUCAUAAUAAUAUCGUUCUAUUUCAUCAGGAGGAACAACACUUUUUUGCGCAAAGGUUGAUCUAAUUGAAGCUAAAUCGGCACCGGGCAUUGUAUUUCUUUUAGGGUGUUGAGGACAGAAAUUGAAAGAAAUCGAUCCAACAUGUUCUCGAGUAUGCGUCGACACAGCCUCCGGCUGCAGCACGAGCUCCACCGGUGGAGCAUCUGCGACCCGGGGAACCUCAUCGUCCCGGACCGCCUGGUCGGCCGCGUCGGCCGCUCCAAGUCCUGCAUCAGCUACACCGGGGAGUCCCACGGGAGUCAGGAAAGCUGGUCUUCCUCUGACUCGGUUAUCUCCACUGAUUCAACCGGCGAGACGCUAGGACCCGGGAAGCCUCUCCGUGUGCUCCUGUUGGGGGGCAGCGACGUCGGUAAGACGGCUUUCGCCAGCAUCUUCGCCGGUGCGGCGGACAGCAUGGAGAGUGAUGACUGCCAGAUUUAUGGAGAUGAAGUGUGUGAACGAACUAUCGAAGUGGACGGAGAGGAAGCGACCAUAACUCUACUGGACACCUGGACUACAGAGGAGGACGGAAGGUGCGUGGCCGAGGACCAGUGCAUGCAGACGGGCGAUGCCUACCUGUUGCUGUACUCCAUCACGGACCGCGCCUCCUUCCUGCGGGCCUCCGAGCUGCGCAUCACCCUGCGCUGCCACCGGCCCGCCCGCCACACGCCCAUCAUCCUGGUGGGGAACAAGUGUGACCUGGUGCGCUGCCGCGAAGUGUCCGUCAGCGAGGGCCUGGCCUGCGCCGCCGUGUUCGACUGCAAGUUCAUUGAGACGUCGGCCGCAAUGCAGCACAACGUGUGGGAGGCCUUCCGCGGGAUUGUGCGCCAGCUGCGUCUGCGGCGGGACAGCAAAGAAGCCAACGAGCGCCGCCGCAACUCCAGCUACCAGCGGCGAGAGAGCCUGCCCGUCAAGGCCAAGCGCUUCCUGGACAAGAUGGUGGCCAAGAACAACGCCAAUGUGGCGUUCCGACUGAAGUCCAAGUCCUGCCACGACCUCUCUGUGUUCUGAGGAUGGCGGAGGUCUACGUGUUCACGCUGAGGUCUGCGGCCCCCGGGCCGGGAAAUCAAAGAGAGGAAGAGGAGGGUCUUCAGGAGGGGUGUAGAUGCUGGACCUAUCCUGGUAUGGUAUCUCCUUUCUCUUGGCUAGAACCCGCCUUGAAACGCUCAUUAUAGUCCAUAUACCAACGCGGAGCAGGGUCCCGUCCCGUAGCACAGUCUGAAUCAGAGAGGUUUGUAGAAGUUGAAGAACAGAUUGGCCAGACUCUGUGAUGGACUGGGGGAGAUGCCAAUAAACAACGUCCUCUCUGUGAUGGACAGGAGGGGCAGCCAAUGGACAACGUCCUGUCUGUGAUGGAUAGGAGGGGCAGCCAAUGGACAACGUCCUCUCUGUGAUGCACAGGGGUGGCAGUUAAUGGACAAUGUCCUCUCUGUGAUGGACAGGAUUGGCAGCCAAUGGACAACGGCCUCUCUGUGAUGGACAGGAGUGGCAGCCAAUGGACAACGUCCUCUCUGUGAUGGACUGAAAAGGCAGCCAUUGGAAAAUGUCCUCUGUUUGCAUUGACUUGUGUCUGUGUGGCCGACUCUGCGGGUUCUCUUGAAGUUUCCACUGUCACUUUGAGUAAUUUAUUAUUUCUGUCCUUAUUGCACAUUUUUACUACUUGCCAUGUUUGUAUAUUUUGUGCCAGGCUUCAAAACAUGAAAGUUUAGCAUAUUUUUAAUGUUUUUGUACAAUAAUUGUUGUACACAUACAGUAAUAUUGCCAACAUUUCCCAUGCAUGUUGUUGGUUUACUUUGGUACUCGGACAGCACUGUAACUUAUCAACAUUGAUUGAAACGGGUCAUUUUUGUUUACACGUUCUUUCUGACCAAAAUACUGUCACUGAGGAAUAAAGAUACUCUUAAUCAAUCCUUUGUCCACCUUCUCCGAUGUCAGAGG